GGUGGAGAGUGAGUGUUAUCUUCGUUCUGCUCUGAGCUGUUCUCUGUUCGGUGGCUGCUGCUGCGGCGGUGCCGGUUCCUUUCAGGCAGCUGACAGACAGUCGGAGAAAGUGAGGCACAUACUGGACACACGGAGCCACCCGAGAGCGCCGCGGCGGAAUAUGACGGUUCCGAGCGGCCCUGCUGCAGCCGCCGCCGCCGCCGCUCUUCGCAGCCACUUCCUCAGACUCUGCGCUUCUUGUUAGCGGGGCCUCCCUCCCUGUCCCUCUCUCCCUCUUCCCUCCCCAUCUCCUUCUAUCCCCCUCUCCUUUCUCCCCUCCGAGCCCCUACCCGGUCCCCUCCAACGUUGCGCCGCCGCCGCCACACUGCCGCCAAAUGACACCCACCCCGCAGCAGAUCAAGGACCAGCUGCUCCAGGCCAUAGACAAGGAUGCCAAUAUCCGUAACAUGGUGGCAGUGCUGGAGGUAAUCUCCAGUUUGGAGAAGUAUCCCAUUACCAAAGAGGCCCUUGAGGAAACGAGGCUCGGGAAGCUCAUCAAUGAUGUUCGGAAGAAAACAAAGAAUGAGGAACUUGCAAAACGCGCCAAAAAACUUCUGCGGAGUUGGCAAAAGUUGCUGGUCGAGCCAGUUGGCCAAAUUGAGUCUGUACCCAGGGCGUUGCCUACUUCCCCUGGCUCAGCCAAUGGUGGAGCUCAUGCCUUUAAGCUUGAUUUGCCAUCUCUGGCCACCAGCACUGGAGCUGGAGGAGGCAAGCCCGCCCUGGAUCUGAAAAGCAAGAAUGACGUGCAUAACUCCUUCUCUCUGCUUGCUGACAAGCAGGGCAAUCGGAAGAGGAAAGGAGAGCUUCGGGACGGUACAAAAGGGCCGCCGUCCAAAGUCCCAAAAGCUAAUGAACAGCUGCAGAACUCCACACCACCACCUUCCAACGGAAUCCGUGGCAGUCCUGAAAAUUUCCCAAGUCCUCCAGACAUGACAUCCACAACUAUACACACCAUCCCAGGCAAAAGCAAACCAGAGCACCAGACCCCAUAUGAAAAUGAUAAACACAGCAAGAUACCAGUUAAUGCUGUGAAACCUCAUACCAGUUCUCCAGGACUUGUAAGAAACCCAAGCACUUCCUCAUUACUAAAGACGGCUAUUCUUCAGCAACAUGGCAAAACAGAUGACACUGGCGUGCGUUAUCGACCCAGUAGUCCCCGAUGUCAAUCAUUCAGCCCAAGAACUCUUAAGCAUGAAACAACAUGGAAACCCUCCAUGACAUAUGCACCCAAAGGCUCCGUAUCUAGCCCAUCUCAGAGCUUUACAGGAACACCUGCUCAAGAAAUUUCUGAUUCAGAAAAGACAUCUCACUUACCUAAGAACAAUGUACAGGUACCAUCCCCUGUGCCUGCAUUGCAGCUAGCCACAACAUCACCUCAACCAACCCAAGCAAAAGGCUUGCAUCCACCCGAGACUGAACACCAGUUCGAUCGGUUGGAACACGUAUCUAAUUUAGAGACUGUUGGUGAAAACCAAGUGCAGCACCAUUCUUCAACAACACUACAGCAGCAGGACUCCCCAUAUCCUCCCCUCAGCCCCAAUUCAUCAGUUUCACAUCUUGGAGAAUCCUUACACAGUCAUGAGUUGGAUGCAGCAAUGGGAGAGUUGUCCUCCAGUGAGUGUGCCUCUUUUGGCUGCGAUAGUAAAAAGUCAUCUAAGAAAAAGUACAGGUCUAGAGACUAUCAAGUGAACUUAGACGGACAAGUUAUUGAUGAAAGUGUGAAACCUGUACGAUUGAAAGAGCGUAGAAUUACAUUUGAUCCUGCUACAGGGCAGAUCAAACCUUUAACACACAAGGAUUCAUCUCAGGCUGAAAGCCCAGUUCCACCUGAGCCUCAUCGAACCACUGAAAUUGUACAGGAACAGAGGGUAAACUUGCAAAGUACUUUAGAUCAAACAAACUGGAAGGAGUUAUCCAAAAAUGAAAUUAUUCAGUCAUACUUAUCACGGCAAAGCUGCCUUCUUUCAUCCUCGGGAGUCCAGCCACCAGGCGGUCAUAUUGUUGAGUUUCUACAGCAUGAAAGCCACAGGUAUAGCACUAGCACAGAAGUCCGUGAGGUCCAUAUAUUAGUCCCUACUGACUCUCCCUCAGAACUUCCUGGGGUCACUAGGGAGAUCAGAGACUCUGAUGUUCACCGAAUACACCAAGAACAUUGGGCAGGUGUGAACGGUUGCAUGGACAACCACGGCAAAUGGUAUGAUUGGACGCAGGGCAUAUCUUUGGACCCUCAUGGUGAUCAGGGACAAUUGCACAUACUGCCAUACGUCUGUUUAGACUGAGUGAUAAUGUCCUUUUGGUGUGCUUUGAGGUUUAAAGUCAGCUGACAGCAAACAAGUGGCUCCCACUUACUGGAAAUGAUCAAAAGCCUCUGAGAUGCAGGUUAAGGUUUGAAGGUUCUGUUUCUCAGCCUAUCUGUGUAGGUCCCCACCCAAACCCCUCUCUUCUGCAGUUUGCUGCUAUCAGUGUUUCAAUCAAAAUUGCAAAGGAGGGAAAGGAGAACAAAAAAAGGUUCCGUGGGAAAUAAAAGUGAGGGGUGCUUGAUUAUGUCACAUAAGCAACUCGCCACACAGAUUACAGGUCAUAACCGGGGGUCAUCAAGCCUGGCAUAGAGCGGUUUGUCAGUGGGAGAGAAUCGAGGCUUAUUAAAGGAUCCAGCACUUUACAGUCAGCUGGAUAUGGUCUUAGGGCAGGUACAGGAGCUUUAUGUGGCAUCAAAACAAAAUGAAUAAUGUUACUUCAAAAAGUAUGCAUCUAUUUAUUUGAUUUGAUUUCUUUUUUUUAAAAAAAACUUUAAUUUGGCAAUGAGAUAUGUGAGACAAAUGUGCAAAAACUGUAGAUCUCUCUCUUAUUUACAUCACACAUCUCUUAUUCUUUGGGACAUAAUUUUAAAAUAAGAAAUCAUGACAGGCUGUGAACAUUUGCACAGCACAAUGUCAUACCAAACAUUCCAUAGGUCUUCACAUGUUGGGAGUUACUGUCAUCUUCUACUUAAACAGGAGAUAAAACCCUUGGGUAUUCAUAAUCUAGGUUGAAAACUGUUUAAAAAGCUGUUUUAGGAAGUCAAAGAUUUGGGUUGUGCUUUUUUUUUCUUUUCCUGCCACCGGUCAAAAUUCAAACUUUAACUUGAUAAUUUUGUUCUUUGCUUUGCUCUCUUGCUUGAUCUCCACAUUCGUUCUCACUUCUCAAAAUCCCAAAGUGGAAAAAAAAAGAGGGUGCUACUAGUUUGCAACUUUGUACUGUGAGAAGUUGAUUUAAAAAAAAUUCAAAAAAAUUUCAAAAGGAAUCUGUUUGUAUGCUGGAGAUAUACUUGUUACCAUUCCUUUAGAUAUUGUUUGCCUUAUGGAAUCCAUCAUUACCACAACCGCAAAAACAAGAAGCCUUAGUGAAUGUACAGAAAUUAGACUUCUGUGUUUCUCACAAUGCAGAAGGAAUGACUUUGCUAUUUGGUCCUUUUAAGUGGACACGUUGUGAUAUAA